UGGUGUGGAGACCUGUACGGAGUUUCUGACAUGCUCAAAUCCCAAGAGCCACCAUCCGCUGUCCGGCCGAAGCAGCCCGAGGCCGCUGUCCGGUCCAAGCAGCCUGAGAUCGCUGUCCGGCCCACAGAGUCCCCGUCCACCACCGAGGGUCACCAUAUGGAAUCAUCUCUGAGUGACUCCUUUGUGGAGCUAGAGGGUUGGGUGCAUCUGUGGGAAAACCUCAAUGGCAUCCCACCUGCUGACAUUUCCUGGCUCAAAGAGGACACAGAAAGAGGGCUGCUCACCCCCGUUCAACUCUACAAGGACGACAUCACUGGUCUGUUGAAGAGGCGACGGGUGAUGAAAUCUGACCGCAUGUGGUUUUACCCACCAGAACCUCCUAGCUAUGUCCGAGGUGCUCUGCCAACUCCACAGCUCUUUUUUCGGAGCCGCGUCUUUGUGUGGCGCCCCGUUGGAGUGUGGAGGUACUCCCUGAAGUGUCCUCGAGGUGAUGACUGUGUGGGUAGAGGACAGAAUGUGCACCUCUACACGUCUGGCUACGAAACCCGGGUACGUCACAUCUGUGAUGUGUCCAGCUGGUACACAAUGCUCACAGAGGUCCUGUGCUGUGGGCCAUGUACAAACGCAGCCAGGAGCGGAGAAGGUGGAACGGAGGGUCGGUGGCUUGCGUGGGAUCCCGCUGUGUUAUCGCAACUUAGCGAGGCUCAUCGAGCUAUGUUCCCUGCCAUCCUCACCAGCAAGCGUGGUGUGGAUAAGAAUGUUGUGCGCCUUCUGAGGGACCGGACCGAAGGGAACACUUUGGUCAAGGUGUGGCGUCAGAUACAGGAGAAUCACGUUGAGGAGUACCUUCACCGUAAGGACCUGUACACCACACACCUCAUGACUGUAGUAGCGGAACGUGGAGGGACUGUCUCUGCAUUCAAGCACACAUUCCAGGCUCCACCUCCUCAAAGAGAGCUUCCCUCCGCACUGUUCUUGCGCCACGCCUUCCUGCUGUCAGAAACCAACAAUGUGCAGGAUUACCGGAACCAGAUCCUCUCCACCUUUGGCACUGUGCUGAAAAUGGAUUCCACCAAGAAAGUGGUGAAGAAGCUGUCUUGGGAGGGUCAAGGCUCAGCUGAGUGGUUCACCAGCAUCGGAAACGAGCACUCCCAAAUACUUUCAUUUGUGCUGACCUGUGAGGAGUCCACUCAGAAGCUGGAACCGAUGUGCCGUGGAGUCAUGGAAAGGUUCCGGCUGGCCAAUCAACCUGUCCCCAAGAUCUUGUAUGUGGACAGGGGGUGCUGCUGUGCACAGGGCCCAACAUCAGUGGAGACUUUGUUCCAGCCUUGGGUGGACAACGGGAUGGUUGUGCGUCUGGACAUCUGCCACUGGAUCCACCAGUUUGACGCGGCCAUACGCACGGAGUCUCACUGCAAGUACGCUGUGUUCAAGUCUGCUCUAGCUGGGGCGGUGCUGGCUUACAACUGCACAGAUCUGGAGCUGCUCAUCAAGGCGGUCAGAGCCAAGGAUCCGGCAACACUGAAGUCUGUCUCAGACGAAGAUGUUGUCCGCUGCUACAUUUCCAGGGAGCAGCUCAAACACCACGUGCGGAGGGUCACACUCGGGGCUCAGGAAACCUUCCGGCUCAUCCACCUGGCCAUCGAGGAGCUGAAAGGUCCAGCCGGGCUGGACGAGAGUGGAGUGAGCCUCUUCAAAUCACCUGAGGCCAUUGAUGAGAUGUGGGCAGGCCAGCAGCGACACCUGGAGUGCAUCCAGGAUCCACCAGACAUGAACAUGUAUAGGGCGGCGCGUACCACGACCAUCAACAAUGUGGACGUGCCCUACUACAAAGGUCUGCGUGGAAGCAACAGCCUGGAAGGAUUCCACAAAUCUCUGCCGCACAUGAUUCCAGGUCCCCACUGUGUAGCACGGCCCUAUCAGGUUUACCUGAUAAGUGGCAUUGCACGGUGGAACUCCGACAGGAGCUCGGAUGCCGUGUUUGGUGGCAAAGGACGGCACCACAGGACCUAUUCUGCCCCGCUGAUUGACCGCCUUAACACCCGUUGUCGGCAGCUGUUCGGAGAGACAGUGGAGGAGAAUAUCCGGGCCCCUGCUGAUGUCCCUUCCAACGAGCUGCUCGGGUUGGAGUACCUGUUCAGCCAGAGCACGGGUCAAUCUGGAGCCUUCUCUCUUCAGGACAUUGUCAACGAUGGACCCGAUCCAGAGGAGGAGGUGGUUCAGCCUGGGCAGCCCGAUCCAGAUCCCGAGGCAGACGAGGCGUACCAGAGCAAUGUGGAGGCACAUGACGACGUGCUGGAUGCCACCCUGCCCCACAUUACACUCACCAGCGAUGAAACCUCCACUGUUCACCCUCUGGCCUUUGAGGAUGCCUGCGGUUCAAAACCUCUUCCCGGCUUUCAGAAGUUGGAAAAGUUCUGCUCUGUGUUGGCGGACAUUGGCCUGACAGAGGACAAGCUGUCACUUUCCACUGAGCAGAGGAACAAGGUCCUGGAAGUCUGGAACGCAGUGGAGGAGCACGACAAGCAGCCGCAGCAGUUCGAUCAGCUCUACAGAACACACUGGGGCAACACCCUCUACUGCCGCGCAAAAAGGGACGGUCUUGUCGUUGAUGCUGCUGUGAUACAGAAGGUAAAGAUGGCGAAGCGCUACGCACCAGCGCAACAGGACAUCAGCGCUCAGCACAACAGGCUGAUGUACACGCUGGUGAAACUGUUGUGGUUGUGCUCGCCUCAAGGGUCUCGCAGCAGUCCUGGAAAGUGUACCAUCUUGAAGGCGUAUGAGAUAAUCCAGCAUCGGAUUUUGGUGGAGGAUCCGGUCCUGUGCAAAGCAGGCAUUCCUCUGCCAAAACUCAACAUCCAGACAGUGCGGGACUUCAUCCGUCGUCAAGAGCGCCUCCUCAACCUGCAUGCUACAAAACAGCCCACCGCCCUUAUCACUAAGCUCACCUCCAUCUCAUCUGCUGACGUCCCUCCAGCACCACACCCGCCAGCCAUCCUCGCUCCACCAGACUACCCUCUGAUGGAGUAUGUGCCCACACCCAGCACGGCAGGGACAAAGGUGUUAAAGGGAAGGACGGUCAUGAUCGUGCCACUCUCCCGGCCUCGACCACUACUGCCAGCGCCAGUGAGAAAAAAAAACGUCACCCCUACCAUCACCAGACCCGCGCCCUCCCUCUCUGCAUCCACAGCAACCGCCGGCAUUGCUGGCCCCUCCACACGGCCCAUAAUGCCUGCUGGUCCAAUGACAUCAGCUCCUGCUACUCACGACUGCAUGAGUCCUCCAUCCUGGUCGAGAUCCACGCGGUACAAGCGUAAGGCGAAAGAGCAGCCUAUUGGAAUAGCAAAAAAGAUGUCACGGGUGAAAAAUCUCCCUGUCUGUACAUGCUGUGGCCAACCAACACAGGGACAUAAAAAGUACAAAAAGAAGCCUUUCUGCCCUGUAAAACUGACGUCAACAUCAAAAGGUCUGGACAACAGAGUGUACGACAGCUACGAACACUUCACCUCUGUUGUGGACAAGUUGUGAUAAGCUGUAAAGAUGCUGUAUAUAUCUGUAACUAUGGUACAGUUGCAUUGUAUUGUAAAUAGUUUUUUUAAACUGUACUGCUGUGUUGUUGCCAGCAAUUUUCUCCAAUAAGGUGAUCUGGAGGAAAGACUCUUUCUUUAAAGAAUUGCAUCUAAUUUGACAAACUAAUCUAUCGAUGCAAUGUAUCGAUACACUGUUGACAUCCUGCAAAAGCAGUACACAAUAUCGCAAAUCUUCUACUAGUCAUUCUGUUAGGAUGUGGGGCGGAACUGGUUGUUU